GGCCAGGGGAAGGUUCCAGGAUGGGUUUGCGAUGUGGGAUUGUGGUUGGUGUGGAGUUUUGUUUGGUGGUGGCGGCAGACUCUGGUGGCAGCAAAGUGACAGUUGGGGAAGCGAUGACGUGACAGUGAUUCAUCGGUACUUGGCGUGCAGUGCUCCCCUUAAUGGGAAGAUGACCUCUGCGGAAAGGCCCUGUCAUCAGCUCUGCCCCGGCCCUAGGCUCUGGUGCCCCUUCGGGGUGUUCAAGCAUUUUCUGUCUCCGCAUUGUCGGGUUGUGGGGCUCGCUGCUGAUUCUGUGGCAGGACGGGACAGGAUGGGUGUUGGAAUUGGGUGUGGCUAUACAGAGGGAUCCGGGGUGCUGUAGAAGUAUAUAAACGAGCGGGUUGUCCUCCCCUCUGUGUCGACCUGCUUUUCCCGCCUGCAUUGCUGAGUCUUUUUGGCUUGUUUCUCUCUCCAUCCGAUGAAUGCCAAAUAACCACAACAAUGUUACACGGCGACAACAGGACAACUGAACAACAUAUCACAGAUUUGAAGAACCCGCAGAGGGACUCGUCGAGGGCCGCAGCCAACACUGCUGCGGUUGACGAGUCGACUCCACGGGAUCAAUCAUACCUAUCGUCGAUCGCGGAGCAGACCAAGAACCUGUUCAACUACGGCGACGACCAUGAGCAGCACGGUGCCAACACCGCCUCCGCCGGGAAUGCCACACGUGGCGGGCCUGUCUCGGACACGCACGCCUCGGACGCUUCACACUUCGAGAGAGACCCUGCGCUCCAGGACAUCAAGACUGUGGACCCAAAGCACUCCAACUCCAAGUAUGCCAACUACACCUACAAGUCUAUGGUGGACCCUGUCAUCACAAACAAGGACGUUGAGGAAUCUGAACGCAGAGUCAAGGAGAUUUCUCGCCAGAAAAGAGAUCCUCUGGCUGCCAAAGAUGCAAGACAAUCCUCUGGCGACUAUGCCGGUGGCGCCAGCAUGGGCUCCGGCUCCGGCUCUGCUCAUGCUGCCGACGCUGACGACAAAAGCUCGGGCAGCGGCAGUGGUCUUUUGGGCAAGCUUGGUUUUGGCCACAAGAAGAGCAAGAGUGAAGACGCUCAUCAAGCCUCAGGUGUGCCUGGCGAAACUGAUAAGACUUACAACAUUCCUGAUGACAGCCAGUAUCAAACCUACUUCGAGGAGGUCCCUGAAAACCAGCAAACCUACCAGAAGGGUGCCCCAGGUGCUGGAUCUGCGGCCGGCAGAAAUGUAAACAUCAAAUCCCGUUCGCAAGGCGUUGGUGAAGGUGGUCCCUAUGCGGGCUCAAACACUCUGAGUAACCCUGCUACCGAGACUGGUUUUGCAGAAUCGAGAAAUGCUUAUGGUGGUGAUGCUGGUUUCAGCAGCAAAGACCCAUCAAGCUUUGAGGCCUCCAAACGCGGCGUGGAGAAGACCACGGGUGAUGAUUAUGCUCAAGGCGCAGGUUACACUACUGGCGACAACUAUACUUCGAAGGACCCAUAUGCGAAUAAGGACCCAUAUGCGAAUAAGGAUUCUUACGGAAGCAAGGACUCCUACGGUAAAGACUCCUACGGUAAAGACUCCUACGGUAAAGACUCCUACGGUAAAGACUCCUACGGUAAAGACUCCUACGGUAAAGACUCCUACGGUAAAGACUCCUACGGUAAAGACUCCUACGGUAAAGACUCUUUUGAUAAGGAAUCCUAUGGUGCCAAAACUACCGGAAUUUCUUCUACUCAAAACCAGUAUGUCCAAAAGGGUGCUCUUGAUGAUGAUUCCAAACACCUAAAUAAAGGAACUGAGCAUUAUGGCGAUCAAACAUACGGCAGUAAGCAGUAUGGCGACGACCUUCACCAUGAUUCAGAGCACAAUGAAAACCAAGGUGUCUGGUCAAGCAUCACCAAUUACUUGGGUAUGGGUGGAAAUUCCGAGGAAAACGAAGGGGAAGAAGACUAUGGCUAUGAAAACCAGAUGCCUGGUGGUUUGAACAUGCAAGACAGGGGUGUUUCAGGUUCUCAUAAUUCGCAGGGAUACAAUCCGGCUACGGGAGCUGGCGGAGCUGGUUUGUCCGGCAAUGCUCAAGGGGAUUCCUUUGAACCCUCUCUCACUAGUCCAUCAGGUGCAUCUGUUUCUGAAAACCAGCUUCGUGCCCAGCAACACCAAAUGAAGAGCAAAAACUUCUCUGCUGCUCAAGGUCAAAACCAAUACUAUGGUGAAGCCCCAGGCGAAAACAAACUUUCCAGUACUCACGGUACAACCGGUGCUUAUAGCUCCUCCGAAAUUCCUGGCAAGGGAACCAGAGGUACGAAUGUAGGAACCACUGGUGCAGCUACCGGUGCAGGUUUUGCUUCUGGCAACAAGCACUCUGGCAACAAACACCUAGGCAAGAAAGAUGUUACUUCCGACCUGGUCACCGAUUCUACUCCAUACAGAAUGGUGCAAAAUCCCAAGAACGAAGAAUAUUUGAAGUCUAAAAAUUCGGAAGGUUUGAAGGUCAAUAAAAAGGCUGGUGAGACUGGUUAUGACAGCCUUCAGAGUGGUGGUGCUUAUGGUACCACAGGCCAAAACUCUGCUUCCCAACCUCAAGGGAGUAAAUAUUUGGGCAAGAACCAAUCAGGUGUCGAUCAUUCAAAUAAGGCACCUAGCUAUGGUGAUAGCCAACUUACCGACAAGAGUGGUGUUUUAUUGGCUUCUCCUUCCCGCAAGGGGAAGAAUGAUGGCUAUUACGCUGGUACUAAAACUAAGGACAACAAGGCCACAUCUGGUAAUACCUCCGGUGCUGGCUUUGCCUCAGGCAGCACUCCAAGUACUGGAUACACAUCUGGUACGACCCCUGGUGCCGGUUACACAUCCGGUAGCACCCCUGGUAUAGGUCACACAUCUGGUAAGUCCUCUGGAGCUGGCUACACUUCUGGCUCCGCUCCUGAUUACUCAUCUGGUGAGACUCCUGGUGCUGGCUACGCUUCCAGAAGCAGUGGUUAUGAUCGCUCCGGUGCUCAAAUCUCCGGCGACUCGUACGAAGGCAAGGCUGGUCAAGGAUAUACCUCGGGAUCCAACAAGGGAUUUUCUGGAAAAGGUUCUAAGGCCGGAACUGCUGGAACCGCUGGUGCAAUUGUGGGUUCCGGUGCAGCUGGCGAGUCUACCUUUAAUCCUGGUGCCAAUACUGGUUUGGACUAUUCGGGUGCCGGCGCUGCUACAAAUAGUAAGCAGAUACCCGGCGAUAUUGAAUCAAAAGCAAAUAAUGCUUCUAAUUUGAAUACUACUGUUGCUGAUCAAAAUUAUGGCACAAACGGAAGCAACGCUUACACUGGUGGUGCUUCUGGUUACCAAGACUACGAUGAAAGUGCUGGUAGUUAUGGGAAUUCAGCUCUUGGUGGGUCAGAAGAAAAAGGUGGUCAGUUUGUUAGAGAUCAAAACGGUAAGUACGAUUUCAAGAACAAAUCGACAGGUCAAGAUAUUUCUGAUGAGAAAAUUCAAGGUGAAGAAAGCCUUGACAAACACAAAAAGUCAGAAAACCAGCCUUUAAACAAAAUCAAGAAUUUGUUCACUAAAGACAAAAAGGGCAAGAAAGAAUCUGCUGAGAAGAAGGAAGUGAACGAACAUGGUACUGUUUUUGGUGGUCAAAAGUCCGGUCAAUCUCAAUCUGAAGGUUCAAACUAUCCUGGCUCCGGAAGCGGUGCUUUAGGCUCAGAUGCAAAAUACGUUAGCGGUCAAGGUGGUAGGGAUUACGGUUCAGAUGCCAACUACGCUGUUGGUUCUGGUAACGAGACCUAUGGCUCAGAUCCUAACUACGCAAGUGGUGCUGGUGGUGUCAUCGCCGGCUCUGGAAACAAGGCAUUUUCCUCCGAUCCUAGCUACUCUAGCGGUGCAGGCGGAAACAGGGCAUAUGAUUCAAAUUACACAAGUGGUUCAGGUGGUAACAAGAUUCAUAGUUCCAACACCAACUACGGUGCUGGUAAUGUAAGUGGAAGCAAGGCUUACACAUCCGACCCUGCAUACACUAGUGGUACUGCUGGCGCUCCAAGCGGCAGUAAGGCUUAUACAUCCGACCUUUCUCAUGGUAGUGGGUCCGGUGGAAUUAAGGCACACCCCGACACUACCUACACCAGUGGUGGUUCUGGAGGUAGGGCUUACACCUCCGACCCUAGCUACGCUAGUGGUACAGGCAACAAGAUUUACACAUCAGAUCCAAGUUAUGUUGGUGGUGCCGGCAACAAGACUCACUCUUCAGGAUCCAACUAUACUGGAGGUUCUGGCAGAGGCGAUAAAACCCAUGCUUCCGCUGCCAACUAUGCAAGCGGUUCAGGCAAGUCCAACAUUGCUGGGGGUAGCAAGUCUCACGCUGCAGGUUCAGGCUACAACCACACCAGCGGAAGCAAGAAUACUACGGCCGAUCCUAAUUAUUCUCUAAGCGCAAGCAACAAAGCUUUCAAGGAUGCUGAGUACGCAAACGCUACAAGUGCAAGAGGUAAGAACAGCGAAUACGUUGGUGGAGUUGCUGGUGCCGGAGCUGUCGGCGCUGGAGCUGUUGGCACUGGAGCCGGAGCCGGUGGGGCCAACUACUCUACUCACAACACUCCUGGUGCUGGUAACAUGGGCUCAAAUACUCACCACAACCAGAGGUAUGAUGAUUCGGCUCCAAACUACGAAGAAGGUGGUCAACACCAUCGCAAGAAGAGCUUGAUUGACACCAUCAAGGACAAGCUAUAAUAAUCGUUGUCUGGUUGUCGCUUCAUGUCAUGAAUUUUUACGUUUUAUGGAUACUUGUUUUUUGUUUUUUAAUGUAAUGCUUAUUUAAGAUCUAUAUGAUAAUUGGUUUCCCAUUUGAUACUUUCUUCUUUAUAGUAAGGGCAAGACGAAACUGGCGAUUUUGAGCCGGUCGUUUUAAUUUGAAUUACGUAACAAAGG